AUUCAACAUUACAUUCUCACCAAGCAAAAACCAAACAUCUUUAGUUAAUUGUUGUGUAGCUACUACAAACAUCAUCAAUAUUCAAUAAUGGUUCUCCAAAAUCAACUUGGUCAUCAUCAAUCAUUCUCUCAUGAACACAACCACUAUUCCGCGGAGAGCAACCAUGGACAAAUGAUGAGGCCUUUCGCCAUGCCAUUUUCUCAGUCUUCUCACAAUAAUCACAUGAUGGUCAGCCAACACAGUGGCGGAUAUUAUGGAAGCCAUGGCCAUGGCCAUAGCAACUAUGGAAGUCAUGGCCAUAUGCCACAUGAAUCAACCAACUUCUCAAGUAGCACAAGCAUGGUCCAUAGUGAUGGUGGUUAUGGUAGUGGAAUGAACCAAUCAUCCCACGCCCAUAUGUCGUCCAUGGCCAUGGGACAUCAUGGAAGUCAUGGUCAUGGUCAUGGACAUGGACUAGGUUUUGGUGGAAGCCACCAAAAUAGCUACAGUCAGAGCCAGAAGGUCAACUGGGCUCUCAAGAAUUUGGAUGACUAAAUUUUACACACACAUAUAUAUAAUAUAUGUGUGGUGAAAGUAAUAUUAUGUGUGUUUGUGGUAGUUACUUUGGCUAUAUGUAGUACAAAGGUUUGCUACCUAAAUAAGUAAACAAUCUACUGCUAUCUUAAUUUAAAUUAUCUAUGUAUCUGCUUUAUCAUUGACAAAUGAUGAAUAAUUAAAAGUAUGUUUAUGGUUGCAAUGGUUUGCAUGAAA